CUGUCAGACGUGAUUUGCUAUUGUACAAACUUCAAACAAUUGGGAUACGGGGGCAAUUUCUUAACGCAAUAAAAUCACUUAUGAGGAUGUUCGAUGCGCAGUUAGAGUCAAUAGAGAGCUUACCCCCUGGUUCCAAGUGUCUUCCGGUGUAAAACAAGGCUGUAUUCUUUCGCCAACUUUAUUCUCGAUUUAUAUUAACGAUUUGGCAGAAAAGAUAAAUGCAUUAAAUUGUGGUGUUAAAUUUAACGAAGAAAUCAUAAACAUUCUUCUUUAUGCGGACGAUAUUGCACUUAUAGCGCCCGACGAACAGAGCCUGCAACGAAUGCUUGACACUUUAACGGACUGGUGCUCGUCUUGGAAAUUGUCCGUGAAUCCAGAAAAGACUAAAGUGGUACAUUUUAGACCUCAAUCGUUUAACUUGACGUCAUUCCAAUUCAAAUGCUCAAGCAACGACAUUUUUAUUACUGAUUCGUAUAAAUAUUUAGGAAUAUGGUUGGACGAUCACUUAACGUUUGAUAAAACAACGAAAGAACUAUCAAAGUCGGCUAGUAGAGCUCUCGGUGCGGUUUUCGCAAAAUUUAUUUCAUCAGGCGGUAUGUCGUACAAAGUAUUUACAAAACUCUAUAAUUCAAUGGUGGAGCCAGUAUUGAUGUACGGGAGUGUCAUAUGGGGAACAAAAUCAUAUACCGUUAUAAACACUGUCCAAAAUAAGGCAUGUAAAUACUUUUUGUCCGUUGGUAAAAGUACGUCAAACAUUUCGACACGUGGUGAUAUGGGAUGGCUUUCUUGUCUCAGUAAGCAACGCAUUUCUUGUAUAAGACUUUUAUGUAAAUUAACACGGAUAGACCAAAACAGGAAAAUAUUUAAGGUUUGGCGUUGGGCAUCGAGACGGAAAAAAGGAUGGAAUUAUGAAGUGAAUAAAACUGUAAAUUUAUUCAAUGUAAACGAUGAAGUGGGUAAUGUUACUUUGAAUACUAAAUAUGUUAUGAAAACUGUAACCGAGAAGAUCAACCUUCUUGACAAUGAUGAAUGGUAUAACGAACUUUUUAAUGACCGUGGACACCAAAACGGUAAUAAACUACGUACUUAUAGACAAUUUAAACAGGAACGAAAUACUGAACUAUAUGUUGCAAUGUUAAUACCUAGACAACAUAAACGCGUUAUGGCUCUGUUCCGCGCCGGAUCGCUACCGCUAGCCAUCGAAACCGGAAGGUAUGCCAGGCCACCAAUUCCAGUUCAUAACAGACUUUGUGUGCUUUGUACGAACAAUUGUGUUGAAACUGAAAAACACUUCCUUUUAAAUUGUUCUCUUUAUGAUGACUUGAGAUGGCUUUUAUUUUCUGAAUGUUCAAAUUAUAUUGAAAAUUUUGCUAUUUUAGACGAUGAUCAGAAAUUAGUUGAAAUGAUGAAUUGUCCUGAAAUUCAAGCAUUUUUAAGCAAGAGUAUUUUUAACUUUUUUAUGAGACGAAAGUUAUUUUUAGUUUGAGAUACUAAUUUUUAUAGUUUUAGUAACCUUUAAAUUUUACUACUUUUAAAGUCAUGUGAUAUUUAAAUGAA